AUGGGGAUCGUAGAAGAAUAUCUUACCGCUGAAAAUAAAUCGAAGCCAAAUCGCAUCUUGAUUAACAACAUUUUCAUCAACUUUACCACCUCCUACGCAGCAAAAUCAAUAUUAUUGGCGUAUAAAGACAAUGAAGAGAAUUCUACCUGCGACGGGGAGCACCGACAAAGCGAGGAGAGAGCAGAUUCCCCGCCGACGAAAAAACGUACAUUAUAUAACCUCAAAAUGAACGAGAAACAUAUAAGAAGGCUUUUGGAAGAGGGUGACUCUGAUUCCAAUUAUGAGGAUGAAAACGACAGUGACUUUGAGGAUCAUAUUGAAGUGCAGCAAGAAAGUAGUGAUACAGAGCAAGAAGGUAAUUCUGAGAGUGAGGAGGAGUUACAACAAACUUCUAAUAAUUACUACCUUGGCAAAGAUAGCCAAACAAAAUGGAAUAAAAAUGCUCCGUCAAUAACAGUAAGAAGACGUGCUAAGAAUAUUGUGACUCAGUUACCAGGUGUAAAAGGCGAAGCUAAAAAUUUGAAAGAACCAGGUGACAUAUGGAACUUAUUUUUUUCAGAAAAUGUAAUAAACUCGAUUACAAAGUACACCAACCAACAAAUAAAACGUAUAUUACCUCAGUUUGAAAGAGAAAGAGACUGCACACCGACUGAUGAAAUUGAAAUUCGAGCUUUUCUAGGACUUUUAUAUUUUGCUGGUGUUAGAAGAAACAGCCGUUUGAAUGCCAAAGAUUUAUUCAAGACUGAUGGCUCUUCUCCAGAGAUCUUUCGUUUGACUAUGAGUUGGAACCGUUUUUACUUACUUUUACGUUGUCUAAGUCCAUCACAGUUUGUUACAAUCGACGAAAAGUUGGAAGCGUUUAGAGGUCACUGCAGUUUUAGGCAAUACAUUCCAUCUAAACCUAAUAAGUAUGGUAUAAAGAUCUACGCUUUGACAGAUGCUAAACACUUUUACACGCUAAAGAUGGAAGUAUAUGUUGGAAAGCAGCCUGAUGGGCCUUAUUCGGUGGAUAAUUCCUCCAAGGCUUUGGUUUUACGUCUUAGUGAUAUUAUUCGUAAUAGCGGUCGCAAUAUCACAUGUGAUAAUUUUUUUACAAGUAUUCCUUUGAUCGAUAUUCUGCAACGAGAAUACAGAUUGACCGUCAUCGGAACUAUUAAAAAAAAUAAAAAAGAACUGCCUAAGCAAUUCAUCGAGUCUAGAGGCCGUGAGGAAAAAUCAAGCUUAUUUGGACACCGAAGCAAUUGCACUCUAGUUUCCUAUAUACCAAAGAAAAACAAGAAUGUUCUACUAGUUUCUAGUAUGCAUGAUGAUGCAAAAAUUAAUAAAGAAACUGGAAAACCAGACAUUAUUAUGGACUACAAUGCAACUAAGGGAGGCGUUGAUACGGUGGAUAAAAUGUGUGAAACCUACAAUGUCGCAAGAGGUACUAACAGAUGGCCCAUGGUGGUAUUUUACAGCCUAAUGAAUGUAACAGGAAUAAAUUCGUACAUAAUAUAUGUGCAAAACAAUAACAACAAAAAAAUAAAACGUAGGUCUUUUUUGGAAGCUUUAUCUUAUGAUCUCAUAAACGCACAUUUGAGGAGACGUGCUGUGAACAGUUAUCUACCAAGACUGAUACGGCAAAGGCUUGCUGAAAUUUGCAAAUUAGAUGGUCCCGAAUCUACUGUGACAACAAAUAAUAACAAAAUAGGUCGUUGUUAUUAUUGCAACGCCAAAAAAAAUCGCAAGACUCGCUACAACUGCGUUUCUUGUAAAAAAUAUUUUUGUAUGGAACAUGCUAUUAUGAUAUGCUCCGACUGCUAUGUUGAGCAAUGUUAA